UCGUUUGCUCAGCUACAGCGAUGUCGGGUCGCGGGAAGCAGGGCGGCAAGGCGCGGGCCAAGGCCAAGUCGCGCUCGUCGCGGGCCGGGCUGCAGUUCCCUGUGGGCCGCGUGCACCGGCUGCUGCGCAAGGGCAACUACGCGGAGCGCGUGGGCGCGGGCGCGCCGGUGUACCUGGCGGCCGUGCUGGAGUACCUGACGGCCGAGAUCCUGGAGCUGGCGGGCAACGCGGCCCGCGACAACAAGAAGACGCGCAUCAUCCCCCGCCACCUGCAGCUCGCCAUCCGCAACGACGAGGAGCUCAACAAGCUGCUGGGCAAGGUGACGAUCGCGCAGGGCGGCGUGCUGCCCAACAUCCAGGCCGUGCUGCUGCCCAAGAAGACCGACAGCCACAAGGCCAAAGCCAAGUGAGCAGAAAAGCUGCGAACUUAAACCAAGAGAAACCCAAAGGCUCUUUUAAGAGCCACCCACAAAUUCAGAGAAAGAGCUUGAAUUUCAUUACCGAGGCGAAAGCCCGCGGGAAAUUUUGAAUAACCAGGGGCGUUAAGCAGUUAUCUCUGACAUUUUAACUGUCAGAGCCGGACGCGGCUCCGCGCCACAGGCCCAGCCCCGCUCUGGGGCGGCGCUGAUACCAGUUCCCGGAAGCAGCUCAGCCUUUCUGUAGCCAAUCCCUGCGCCUUAUGGGCAUUUUGAAAGCUACCAAGGCGCCAAUACCCGCCUCCCCCACCCACCCCUACCUAUUCAAGUGCCCCUUUAGCUGUUUCGGAAUCAAACGGCACAUUCACAAACGGCACAUUCACCAGCAGACUGCUGUUCCCCCACACCCCUCCCCAAAACGGCGGCAGCCACAGCAUUCCUGCCUAAAUGAUGGUGGCUCUGAAAAGAGACGUUGGGCGUAAAUGCGAAGCAAGCGUAUUUCCACGUGGGGCUUACUUC